UAUGAACAGGAGCUGAGUGUCCGUGAGGCCAGUCCACCGGCUAGCUCGCCCAAUCCAGCCCGGUCCCGUCGGUAGCGUGCGCGCGUGGGCGCGAGCUGCUGGCGGCAGCAGCAGCAAACGGAUUUAACCGCCGCCGCCGAUGUCCGCGAUGGCGCGCAGGCUGAGAUCCAGCUGCACCAGGGCCGUCGCCUCCUCGGCGUUCCCUGCUUCCCCUUCCCCCUCAUCUUCUCUGCCGCGCCGUAUAUAUACCCUCCCUCCCCGCCCGCUGCUCCUCGCAUCCUCCUCCUCCCCGCGCCCACUCCCUCUCCCUCCGGCCGUCCCUCCUCGGUACUCCUUUGUUAGGACUCUCGCGGCGACCAAGGGGCCUUCGCCGGCGCCGCCGAGCGACGUCGUCUCGCCGUCCGAGCAGCCGCGGAGUAAGAGGCAGGGGGAGGAGAUGACGAUCGCCUCCAAAGUCAAGCUCGCUGGCGGCACGCUGUCGGUCUGCGGGCGCACGGUGCUGUCCGGCGUUCCCGACGCGGUGGUGGCGUCGUCGGCCGCGGCGGGGGGAGCGGUCGACGGGGUCUUCAUCGGCGCCGACUUCGCGGAGCCGGCCGCCCGGCACGUCAUCUCCCUCGGCGCCCUCAGAGGCGUUCGGUUCAUGGCGUGCUUCCGGUUCAAGCUCUGGUGGAUGGCGCAGCGGAUGGGGGGGAGAGGCGGCGACGUCCCGCUCGAGACGCAGUUCCUGCUCGUCGAGUCCAGGGGCGCCGGCGCCGACGGCGGGGAGGGCGCGCCGGCGUACGUCGUGUUCCUCCCGCUCGUGGAGGGCGCGUUCCGGGCCAGCCUUCAGGGCGGCGCGGGCGACGCGCUGGAGCUCUGCGUCGAGAGCGGGGAUGCCGACACGCGCGCGGCGUCCUUCGACCGCGCGCUCUUCGUAGGCGCCGCGGAGUCCGACCCAUUCGCCGCCAUCGCCGGCGCCGUCGCCGCGGCCAAGUCCGCGCUCAAGACGUUCCGGGUCCGCGCCGAGAAGAAGCUCCCGGGCAUCGUCGACUACUUCGGUUGGUGCACCUGGGACGCCUUCUACCAGGACGUCACGCAGGAGGGCGUCGAGGCCGGGCUCCGCAGCCUCAUCGCCGGCGGCGCGCCGCCCAAGUUCGUCAUCAUCGACGACGGCUGGCAGUCCGUCGGCACCGACCACUCCGCUUCCGACGAACCCGCUGGCGGGGACGAACCGCCUCGCCUGUCUCGUCUUACCGGCAUCAAGGAGAACAGCAAGUUCCAGAACGCCGACGACCCGGCCGCCGGCAUCAAGACGGUGGUGCGCGCGGCGAAGGAGCAGUACGGGCUCAAGUACGUCUACGUCUGGCACGCCAUCACCGGCUACUGGGGCGGCGUCCGUCCGGGCGCGGCCGGGACGGAGCACUACCGCUCGAACCUGCAGUUCCCCAAGGUGUCGCCGGGCGUCAUGGAGAACGAGCCCGGCAUGAAGACCGACGUGCUCACCCUGCAGGGGCUCGGCCUCGUGCACCCGCGCGCUGUGUACCGCUUCUACGACGAGCUCCACGCGUACCUCGCCGACGCCGGCGUCGACGGCGUCAAGGUGGACGUGCAGUGCGUCCUCGAGACGCUCGGCGCCGGCCAUGGCGGACGCGUGCAGCUCACCAGGCAGUACCACCAGGCGCUUGACGCCUCCAUCGCCAAGAACUUCCCGGAGAACGGCAUCAUCGCCUGCAUGAGCCACAACACCGACGCCCUCUACUGCUCCAAGCAGACGGCGGUGGUGAGGGCGUCGGAUGAUUUCUACCCGAGGGACCCCGUCUCGCAUACGAUCCACAUCGCCUCGGUGGCAUACAACAGCGUGUUCCUCGGCGAGUUCAUGCUCCCGGACUGGGAUAUGUUCCAUUCACUUCACCGGGCCGGCGACUACCACGGCUCAGCCCGUGCGAUCAGUGGCGGCCCCGUCUAUGUCAGUGAUGCCCCAGGGAAGCACAACUUCGAGCUGCUAAAGAAGAUUGUGUUGCCAGACGGCUCCAUUCUUCGCGCACGUCUGCCAGGACGGCCGACCAAGGAUUGCUUGUUCACUGACCCGGCACGCGACGGCAUCAGCUUGCUCAAGAUCUGGAACAUGAACAAGUUCACCGGCGUGCUGGGCGUGUACAACUGCCAGGGCGCGGCGUGGAGCUCCGUGGAGAAGAAGAACAUCUUCCACCAGACCGGCACCGAGGCCCUGACCUGCAGCGUCAAGGGCAGCGACGUCCAUCACAUCUCCGAGGCAUCGACGGACCCCGAGUGGAACGGUGACUGUGCCGUGUACCGCCAUGCCAGUGGCGACCUUGUCGUCCUCCCGAACGGCGCGGCAUUGCCCAUCUCUCUGAAGGUCUUGGAGCACGACAUACUCACCGUGUCACCGAUCAAGGACUUGGCACCUGGCUUCAGGUUCGCCCCCAUCGGGCUGGUUGACAUGUUCAACAGCGGUGGCGCCGUGGAAGGCCUGACCUACCACCUCCUCGACGGCGCAAAGCUUGUCGACGGCAACGGCUCCACUUCUGGCUCCGAGGCUGUCGGAUUGGUGUGCAUGGAAGUGAGGGGAUGUGGAAGGUUCGGUGCCUACUCCUCAGUGAGGCCAAGAAAGUGCAUGAUGGGUUCAUCUGAACUGGAGUUCUCCUAUGAUUCUUCCUCCGGUCUACUGACGCUGCAGCUGGAGGACAUGCCCAAGGAGAGGGUUCACAAGAUUGUUGUUGAGUUGUAGGGGGGUAGUGGUAGCAUCAGAGUAUCAGUGCAUCAGAAAUUCAAGUGUUAUGCCAUGAGUGAUCUGUACACUGAUAAUUAGAGCUCCCCCUCUGAUAGCACAUUGAUGGUAGGGACUGGAGUGGGGGUAUGAUUCUAUAGUGCAAAUCUGAUUAUUGAUUCAAUUGAAAGGAAUAUACGCGCAUAAUGUCCAGAUACUCGGGCACUCCGAUCUUC